CCUUAUCAAAAUAAAUACUCACUUCACUUUAUGUUGGCAAUCCAAUUUUACACAAAACUAGUGUAUAACUUAUCAUCUUCUUCAGAUUUGGAUGAUCUUCGGGAGUCAAUCAGCAAGCAGACCAACGUUUCUUUCAAGCUGACUAAAGACGUUUUCUCCAAAAAGGUUAAAGGCGAUAGAAACAUGGCGUUCUCUCCUCUCACAAUUCAAAUAUUUCUUGGCCUCAUCGCUGCCGGCUCCAAAGGACCUACUCAGGAUCAGCUGCUCCGUUUCCUCAAGCCCAACUCCAUUAAUGAACUCAACUCUCUUUAUGCUCAUGUUCUCAGUUCUACCUUUGUUGAUGGCAGUCCCAAUGGAGAGGUUUUGCACAAGUCCUUUAUUGAGAUAAAUGAGGAAGGAACUGAAGCUUCAGCAGUUACUUUUGGAGGGUAUCAAAUGAUGUGCUGCACAAUUGAGCAGGAAAUAUAUUUUGUUGCUGACCAUCCAUUCUUGUUCUGUAUAAGAGACGAAUCUACUGGUGUGGUGUUAUUCAUAAGGAUCUUGUUGAAUCCAUAAGCUAUUUUGCCAAUGGAAGGAACAGAGAAUGAGUUUGGAAAUCUCUGAAUUCACAUUAUCGCGAAUAUAGAAAGUUUUUAAUCUAACCGAAAGUUUAGAUUACUCUGGAGUGAUUUUUAAUUAUAUUCCAUACUAUAGUUACUAGUUAUGCAUGUUUACAUUAUCAAUCACUGGAUGGUAUGUUAUUCCGAAUUUUGUAAAGAGAUUUU